AUGCCUCCCAUGACCAUCAUCUCCCCCAGGCGGGGCUCCACGCUGGGCCACGGGGCGUCCCAGAGAGGGCAGCUCGUCGUUGCUGUCCACAGUGUCCACUUCUGGUGGACCAACCCCAAGGAAACAUCAACAAUCCCCACAAAGAAGCUCUGGAGGGAUCUCUUCUCAAAUUACCCACAAUGCUCAGAGAGUCAGAGGGAGAAGGAGGAGAAGCUGGAUGAUAAGAACGAGGAGCAGAGGAGGCGCGCCAUAGAGGGAGUGGUAGACAUCACAAAGCUCUGCCUGAUGGAGAUGAACCAGGAGGAACUGGCCGACAAGCUGGGGAGUGGAGCUGUUGCGGUCCAGUGGCAACAUGAACUCAAGGCUCAUCUGAAGAAGAAGUUCCACUGUGUGUUUGAGGGAAUCGCUAGAGCCGGAGAGCAGAGACCUCUGAAUGAGAUCUACACAGAGCUCUUCAUCACAGAGAGAGGCAGUGGAGAGGUCAACAAGGAACAUGAAGUCAGACUGAUUGAAAAGGAUUCCAGGAAGCAAGCCAACGAGGAAACACCAAUCAGAUGUGAAGACCUCUUUAAACCCUUACCUGGACAAGAUAAACCAAUCAGAACAAUAAUGACAACCGGAGUGGCCGGCAUUGGUAAAACUCUCUUAACCCACAAGUUCACUCUGGACUGGGCAGAAGGCAAAGCCAACCAAGACAUAGACUUCGCAUUUCUCCUCACUUUCAGAGAGCUGAAUUUACUGAAAGGGAAAGAGUUUAGCUUACUGGAACUUCUUCAUCAGUUUUCUGUUGAAACCAAAGAAUCAGGAAUCUACAGAUACGACCAUGACCAAGUAGUCUUCAUCUUGGAUGGUCUGGAUGAGUGUCGACUUCCUCUGGACUUCCAGAAUAACCCGAUCUGGACUGAUGUCACCGAGCCAACCUCAGUGGACGUGCUGCUGACAAACAUCAUCAGGGGAGUCCUGCUUCCCUCUGCCCGCAUCUGGAUAACCACACGCCCUGCCGCAGCCAAUCAGAUCCCUGCUGAGUGUGUUGACAUGGUGACAGAGGUGAGAGGGUUCACAGACCCACAGAAGGAGGAGUACUUCAGGAAGAGAUUCAGAGAGGGGACAAUGGCCACCACAAUCAUCUCUCACGUCAAGAAAUCUCGAAGCCUCCACAUCAUGUGUCACAUCCCAGUCUUCUGUUGGAUCACUGCUACAGUUCUAGUGGACUUCUUCAAAACAUCCCAGAGAGAAGAGGUGCCCAAGACCGUGACUCAGAUGUACAGCCACUUCCUGAGGGUUCAGUCCAUACAGGGGGACAGGAAGUAUCGUGAGAGAGCUGAAACAGAUCCACACUGGAGUUCGGAGAGCAGGGAGAUCAUUGUUUCUCUGGGGAAACUGGCUUUUAACCAGCUGGAGAAAGGCCAGCUGAUCUUCUACGAGGCAGACUUGGCAGAGUGUGACAUCGAUAUCAGAGCAGCCUCAGUUUACUCAGGAGUGUUCACCCAGAUCUUUAAAGAGGAGUGUGGACUGCACCAGGACAGGAUGUUCUGCUUCGUCCAUCUGAGCAUCCAGGAGUUUCUGGCUGCCCUUUAUGUCUUUCUGUCCUACAUCAACACUGGUGUCAACCUGCUCUUAGAAGAACAGCCAACCUCCAGGGAUGCUGAACUCCUCCUCCUCUACCAGAGUGCUGUAGACAAGGCCUUACAGAGUGAGAACGGACACCUGGACUUGUUCCUCCGCUUCCUCCUGGGCCUCUCUCUAGAGACCAAUCAGAUGCUCCUACAAGGUCUGCUGGGACCAAGAGGAAGUAAAUUACUGGGCAAUCUUACUAAAAAAGAUCCACCGGGACAGACAGGAAGGAGGUUACAAAUCAAUAACCAAAUAGUCCAUUACAUCAAGGAGAAGAUAGGUGGAGAUCUCUCUCAAGAGAGAAGCAUCAACCUGUUCCACUGUCUGAAUGAACUGAAUGACUGUUCUCUAGUGGAGGAGAUCCAACAGUACCUGUCAUCAGGAAGACUCUCCACUGAAUCUCUCUCCUCUGCUCAGUGGUCAGCUCUGGUCUUCAUCGUACUGACAUCAGAAGAGCAGCUGGACGUGUUUUACCUGAAGAAAUACUCUGCUUCUGACGAGGGUCUUCUGGGGCUGCUGCCAUUGACCAAAGCCUCCAAAACAUCUCUGCUGAACAGCUGUCAUCUGUCAAAGAGAUGCUGUAAAGCUCUGGCCUCAGUUCUCAGCUCCAACUCCUCUAGUCUGAGAGAGCUCGACCUGAGUACCAAUGAUCUGCGGGAUUCAGGAGUGAAGCUGCUCUCUGCUGGACUGGGGAGUCCACACUGUACACUGGAAACUCUCAGGCUGAAUUUCUGUGAUCUGUCAAAGGGAUGCUGUGAAGCUCUGGCCUCAGCUCUCAGCUCCAACUCCUCUCGUCUGAGAGAGCUCGACCUGAGUUCCAAUCAUCUACAGGAUUCAGGAGUGAAGCUGCUCUCUGCUGGACUGGGGAGUCCACACUGUACACUGGAAACUCUCAGGCUGAAUAGCUGUCAUCUGUCAGAGCGAUGCUGUGAAGCUCUGGCCUCAGUUCUCAGCUCCAACUCCUCUAGUCUGCGCGAGUUGUACCUGAGUUACAAUGAUCUGCAGGAUUCAGGAGUGAAGCUGCUCUCUGCUGGACUGGGGAGUCCACACUGUACACUGGAAACUCUCAGGCUGACUGGCUGUCAUCUGUCAGAGAGAUGCUGUAAAGCUCUGGCCUCAGUUCUCAGCUCCAACUCCUCUAGUCUGAGAGAGCUGGAUCUGAGUACCAACGAUCUGCAGGAUUCAGGAGUGAAGCUGCUCUCUGCUGGACUGGGGAGUCCACACUGUACACUGGAAACUCUCAGGUCAGGGUUAGGGUUAAAUGUGUCUUUGGGUUUGUUUAAUAGUAAGGGAUGAUCCAGGACUAGGUGGGCUAUGAUCUAAAAGAACAGACGACACGUGUCUAAAGCCCAGUUCAGACCAAAGAUUAGCCUCGCAACGACUUGCAACUCGCAACUCCUUCCAACUCCUUGCGACGAGACGGGCUGCGAUG